UGCCGGGUGGCGGUGAGGCACAGGGAGCGGGGUGACUGGGCAGUAUCAGGGAAGCACAGCCUGGGAGCUCUGGUGCACCGCCUGACUCAGGCACAGGGCAGGGCAGGGCAGGCCAAGGAGGGGCCGCCAUAGGCAAAUGGAAAUUCGCCUAGCAAAGUAGGGCUAAGGAAAGGAAUUCUAGGAAGUGACCUUGAUGAGCCAAGAUCCAGAGGUGAAUAAGUGCUGGACCCCAUGUCUAUGACAGGAAGCAUCCUGAUGGUUGCCACUGUCAUGGGAGGGCUGGGAUGUAUCUUAAGGGCAGUGAAACCAAUGAAACCAGGGAAGGAUUUAAGAUGGUGUCACCUGGCCAGAUUUCUCCUUUAUAAAGGUCUUCAGACUUAUAAGGGUGGAUUGGAUAGGAGGCAGAAAGUCCUGGAAGGAAGGGAGGGAGGAAGGAAAAAAGCCGUAAGAGAACUGAAUGAGGGAAUGGGUCAAGGUGGCAAAACUGACCUUGCCUGCCUCUUGCGGUGUGGCCUCCCAAGCACGCAUCACAGGUGGUAACAGUGCAACCCCUGGCCAGUGGCCCUGGCAGGUCAGCAUCCUCUAUGAUGGCAAUCACGUGUGUGGCGGUUCUCUCGUGUCUGAGCAGUGGGUUCUGUCGGCUGCCCACUGCUUUCCAAGGGAGCACCACAAGGAAGACUACGAUGUAAAGCUAGGAGCCCACCAGCUGGACUCCUACACCCCUGCAGCCGAGGUUCGCUCAGUGGCCCAGGUCAUUUCCCACCCCAGUUACCACCAUGAGGGCUCCCAGGGGGACAUCGCACUCGUCCGUCUCAGCAACCCCAUCACCUUCUCCCGCUACAUCCGGCCCAUCUGCCUCCCUGCAGCCAAUGCCUCCUUUCCCAAUGGCCUCCAAUGCACUGUCACUGGAUGGGGCCACGUGGCCCCCUCAGUGAGCCUCCAGGCCCCCAAGAUACUCCAGCAACUUGAGGUGCCACUGAUCAGCCGUGAGACGUGUAACUGCUUGUACAACAUCAACGCCAAGCCUAACGAGCCCCACUCUAUCCAGCAGGACAUGGUGUGUGCUGGCUAUGUGGAGGGGGGCAAGGAUGCCUGCCAGGGUGACUCUGGGGGCCCACUCUCCUGCCCUGUUGAGGGCCUCUGGUACCUGGCAGGCAUUGUGAGCUGGGGUGAUGCCUGUGGGGCCCCCAACAGGCCUGGUGUGUACACUCUGACCUCCAGCUACGCCUCCUGGAUUCACCACCAUGUAGCGGAGCUCCAGCCUCAGGUGGUGUCCCACCUCCAGGAGUCCCAGCCCGACAUCCACCUCUGCAGCAACCAUGCGGCCGCCUUCAACUCUGCUCCAGGCCAGGGUUUGUUGGGGCUUACCCUUUUGCUAUCACCAGCCCUGACCCUGGGCCUCCUCUAGCCAUGGUGGGAGCACUGAGCUACUCGCCCUGGAGGUUGACCCUGUUUCUGGAACUGUCCUACUGUACACAAGGACAGACGCCUGUUCUCAGGAAUGGACCUGGCCCCUCCUUGACAGUUUGCCUGAGGCUUUACUCACUCCUUCCUCCCAGGACCCUGUGGGAGCUCAGGGCACCAUCAUGACCUUUGAGCCCAGACUCCUGGGUUUGUUCUUUGGGACUGUAGCCCAGAGCCAGGAAUUUAACUGCCUGUGGUACUGGCUAGAACCUCUGGCCACCUCCUGCCCACAAGCCUAUUGGUUGGGCUCCUAUGGAGCUCCCAAGGAGCCUUAGCUAAGAUGGGCCCUGGCUCUGACGUCUGUGGAAGACUGGGCAGCUGCCCGGCUGACUGCUGCUGAAGGGUUGGCUCCCGUGCCCGACAUGCUCUGCCUGAUGAGCCCCAUCACUGUGCCCUCCUGCUGUCUUCUGGGCUGGAGUUGCCUCUGAGCAGCAUGUUUCAAAGGACAGAAAAGGCCCCAAUCUUGCCCCAAUGGCUGCCAAGCCCCCACUGUGCCCUGAUUCCUGGACUCCGGAGGACUGAGCCCCCACCGGAACCGGGCUUGAGCUUGGAUCUGGGGUAGAGGGUUGAAGGAGCAAGAAGGAAUAAAAUGUUUUGAGCAUAA